CGGGCCCGCCCUUCUCUCCGGCCGCUUCCCUUCCCAGCCCCGCUGAGCUUGCAGAGCCCCGACGGGGCCGGUGCGGGCUUCCGCGGACUGUCUCCGUGCGGCGGCGGCGUAGUGCCGCUGCCUCUCCGCGCCCCGAGGUCCCGAGCGGGGCCGAGCCGGCCGCCCCUCGCCCCUUCUCUCCAGAGGCGCCCGGCGCGGUGACCGAGGAGGCGCCCGAGAGGCGCGUCUCGGGGUGCAAGAUGACCAACGAAGAACCUCUUCCUAAAAAGGUCCGACUGAGUGAAACAGACUUCAAAGUUAUGGCACGGGAUGAGUUAAUUCUAAGAUGGAAACAAUAUGAAGCAUAUGUUCAAGCUUUGGAGGGAAAGUACACAGAUCUUAAUUCAAACGAUGUGACUGGUUUAAGGGAAUCUGAAGAAAAACUAAAGCAGCAACAGCAGGAGUCUGCACGCAGGGAGAACAUUCUUGUCAUGCGGCUAGCAACCAAAGAGCAGGAGAUGCAAGAGUGCACCACUCAAAUCCAGUACCUCAAGCAAGUUCAGCAGCCGAGUGUGGCCCAACUGAGAUCAACAAUGGUAGACCCAGCAAUCAACUUGUUUUUCCUAAAAAUGAAAGGUGAACUGGAACAGACUAAAGACAAACUGGAACAAGCCCAAAAUGAACUGAGUGCCUGGAAGUUUACGCCUGAUAGGUAAACAAAUCAUACUCCCCAGUCAAGACUUCCCUGACAGUCCCACCUCGAGAAAGCUGUGGUGGGACAGCCAAGUACUCGUUUCCACACCAAGACUCAGACUUUUUGAGCCAAAAAAGCCACAUUCUUAUACUGUCCAGCUUGUAAUGGUUAAUGUAAAACUUAGCAGAUGAACCUUGUGUUUCAGCUUUUCUCUUCCCCUCCCCCUUGCUUCAGAGGCCUGAUGCCGUCGGACUAUUCCGAAGAAGAGGCCAACUCCGAAAAAUUCCCCUUCUAGGACAUGUAGACACUUUGAAAAGUGUUUCUGUUUGAAGAAAAUAGAGGGAAAAACAGAAGUCUUAAGUCUGUGGCACACUGUGUCUUCAGACAGUUUCGAGGAUUGAAAUCCUAGAGGUUUUAAAUCAUGAAUUGAACAUGUAAAAUUCCAGUAAAAUGUAAAAAUGGAAUAUGCAUCGCUCUUAGCCAUGAGCAUAGUGACUUAGAGACACUGUACAUCAGUUAUGCCAAUAAGACUGUGGACUUCAUGAUUGUUGAACUACUGGGUCAAAACUCAAAUGAGGUGAAUUUGCCUUUAAAGGACUUACUUAUGCUAAGAACCAACUAAUAGCCGUGAGACAAUCACGUCAUAGCUACCAGUACAAGUAGAGCAAAUAUUUAUCCAUUUAGCUCUGAGCUCUAUAUUAUAUAAUGGAGCCUUAAAUCUAUGUGGUUUUUAUCAAUGGUUUGUCUUUUGAAUGGUUGUGGAAACUGUAGAUAACCUUAACCAAGGACUGUACAAACGUGAAGGUGUGGUCUCACACUUCAGGUUUAAAGUGUUUGAAGCAUUAUAAGCAUUCAUUUCACAACUAGAUUGUAUAUGGUAUUUGGCUGUGAUGAGACUCCCAUUAUUCAGUAAACCCUCAUCUCAUUCAGCAGGCACAUGUUAAACAGCAUUGUCGUUGGUGUGAAAUGGGGGAAUGUGUUCCUUCAUUGUAUUGGGCCUUUUGUAUCUAUCGAAUUCCUGAUAUUAAAUUAAAUGUGCCUUGAAAUAGUUGGGUUUUUUUUAAUUCAAGGAAUACUCUGAUAAUUUUGUUGUAUUCAAUAUUUUACUUUGGGGGGCUAUGGAGAGCAGAUCAACACUUUGGAAAAUUUAUUCUGUGCUCUUCAAAGUGAAGGGAAAGGCUGUCUCGCUUAAAAGACUAUUCCAGAUGGUAUAAAAGACAAGGAGACUUGGCAUUUGGCCCCAGGAUAUUACAGUAGAACAUAUUGUGGGACAGUCUCACAAGGUGCCUGCCAGAAGAUUGGGGAAAUAAUGUGUUGGAUCUCUGGGCUGGCCCAAGUGAGAUGGUUUGUGAAUUGAAAAAGGUAUAGUGAUCAUUUCUAGCAAACUCAUUUGCUCAUUUAGAUAAAUGAGGCAUUAUAUUCUUCAUGCUUCCAUCCAAUCCUGGAGGUGAAUUUUUUUCGUCUAUAAGUCACCAGUUUGAAUUUUCCCUUGGUGAUAAUGGAGUCUGAGAUGAGUAGAAGAUAAAUGUUCCAGCAUGCCCCAACGUUUAAGUGCAGUUUUAACAAGGGUGACUUAAGUUCUCUCUUAAUCGUUCCAAUCAAUUGUAAGUAUGCUUAUGUUUGUGCUUUAGUGGACUGACUGUGGGCAGGGUGGGCUGGAGGAAUGAUGUGUAUAAUUUUUCAGGAACAAGUCUGCUUCUAAAAUUGUCACUGGGGGUUUGGAGGGUAAGUAAACCAGUCUGUUUAAAAGUAGUUUAUUGUGACAAAAUUGGAUCUUUUGUAUUUAUUUCAUGCAUUUUCAGGUUCAUGGUUGAAAUGAUUCUGAAUAUAGUUUUAGUGGGUUGAAUAGUAAUUGGUAAAAUGUAUUGCUAGUAUGUACUCAGAUUUAGCCAGUCUUUCUCUGCUGCUUGAAUACAGUGACUUUGAGGCCUGUGGGCCUGCUUUCUUGUUAUUGUUAAUCUUCUCUCUUAAUAAGACAAUACAUGUUCAUGUAUACAAAUGAAAUACUAGAGAAAGAUGGGAGAUGGAAAGUGUCACUCAUGGACCUGAUGUCAAACUACCCCAUUCUGCUCUACAGGACCAGUACCACUGUUAAAUAUCUUGGGUGUCAUCGAGAUAAUUUGUGGAUACACAAUGAUUUCAUGUAUAUUGGUUUUAAAGAAAUGUAAUCAUAUGGUACAUACACAUGCUUCAAAGCUUUAUUAUUUCCCUUCAUUUUUAUCUUCUAGGUAUUUUUUUAGCAUAUCUAGAUUACUACCUUUUUAAUGGUCUCUUAGUAUUUUUUAAUCUUAUUUUAACAACCCAUCAAUGAGGUUUCAUUAUAUAAAACUAAACCAUGUGAUAUAAUGAAUCAAGUACUAAAACUACAUUAUUAAUUUGAAAAUAAGUAGUACUUAAUUAGUAAUGUGGAAUGAUUCCAAUGAUUGGGUUGUAAGGUUUCCUAUAUGUAUAUGGUAUUCCUGCCCUUUGCUGCAGGUCUAAUUUUGAGGGAUAAAGAUCUUUUUAGCUGGAUGUGGUGGCUUAUGCCUUUAAUCCCAGCAGUGAUGAGGCUGAUACAGAAGGAGAGGGGACUUAGGAGUACGUUCAUAGAUUUGUAUCUCAAAGAAUAAACAAAAGAACUACUAAGAAAUGGAUUGUGAUUCCUUCCAUAAUAUUGUCAGCUCUACACUUUCAUUUGACAACACAAUCAUUGUAAGAGUGUUUAGGAAUAUACUGGUCAUUUUCAACUUAGUCAUUUAGGCAGUUGUAUGUACAACUCUACAAAGUAACCUGGCUUCCUUCCCUUGAUUAUUAAGGUAAUAUACUGAUGCCCCUUGUGUUUUAAGUAUUUCCUGUUACUGGGAUUAUUUGGUUUUAGGAGUCACCUCAGCACUUAGGAGGCAGAGGCAGGCAGAUCAGGAAGUUGAGUGUAGCCAGGACAUCACAUUGAGAAACAAAAGGAACUAGAGGGUUUGGCCCAGUGGUUAACAACUGGCUGCUCUUCCAGAGGACCCAGAUUCAAUUUCCAGCACCUACAUGGCAACUUACAGCUUUCUAAAACUCCAGUCCAGGAGAACUAAUAUGCUUCCCUCUAGCACCCGGCGUGCAUGUGUUGCAUAGACUUACAUGCAAACAAAAUACCCACACUCAUGAAAAGAGAACAGAAAUAUUUUUAAAAUACAAAGGCAUUUUAUUUUUUAAAGACUUAUUUGUAUGUAUAUGUGAGUGAUUUGUCUACAUGUCUUUCUCUCCACCAUGUGCAUAUGGAGGCCAGAAGAGGAUGUCAGGUCCUUUAGAAUUGGAGUUAUAGAAGGUUGGGAGCCAGCAUGUGUGUGAUGGGGAUCAAACCUGGGUCCUGUAAAGUAGCCAGUGUUCUUAACUAUUGACCUCACUUUCCAGCACCAAUUUUUAAAUUUUUUUUUUAAUGAAAGCAAUAACCUCUACUAUCCAUUUUAAAAUAGUUGUAGUUAAGUUCUCUCUCUUUCUACUUAUUUUGUGUUGCUGAGGAUUGGAUCUAGGGCUUUGACAUGGCUAGAUGAGCACUUUACAAUAGAGCUAUAUCCUUAGCCUUUUCUUUGGUGAAGAGUACUAAGGAUUGAACCCAUGACCUCACUUGCUAAAUAAACUCAGAGUACACUCCCAGGUCCCUCACUGUUUUAUGUGUGGAGUGUGUUUAUGUGUGCUGUUAUAACCACAAGUACAGAUUUUAUACAACAUAGUUGCUAACAUAAAAAUUAAAGCAGUUUUGAGGUAUUUUAGAGGUACUCCUUGAGACAGGGUCUCUCUGUGUGUCUAGUGCUGGCCUAUAAAACUAACUUCAGUUUAUGCUAGGACAAUAUCAGCCUGCUAAGCAUUAAGCUAUGUUACACAUUUUUAAAUAAAAUACUUUAACAUUUUUGAUAUUUUUGUAUGGGGCUAAGGCAAGUGACCAAUUAAUGUAUUUUAUACUUUUUUUUAAAGUCUUUAUUUUCUGGCUAGAAAAUCUGUUGUAUAUGAUUCCAAGAAACAGGUAGCCAUAACUUUAAUCCAAUACUUACAAAGUAAUACAAACUGUAAGAACAGUCAGUUCCAGGGCAGCCAGGGGUAGUAAGAAUCUUUCUCUCCCCUCACCCCCUUUUUUGUUUUGUUUCAUUUUGUUUUUUUUUUUUGAGACAGGAUUUCUUUGUGUAGUCCUGGCUGUCCUAGAACUCGCUCUGUAUAUCAGGUUGGCCUCAAACUCAGAAAUCUUGCCUGCUGGGAUUAAAGGCAAACACGUGUUGGGCCAGACCCUGUCUCAAAAGAAAAAAAGAAACGAAGUUAUUGGAAUAUGGGUAGC